UACAUAAAAGGUAGGCGACAUUACAUUGACAGGAUUGUCCACAUACUUCUGGCCACAGUGACACUUUUACUUCCUUGUGGGCUGAGCUUCAUUUACGUUGCCAUGGGAAACGGAGGUCGCAGGGCAAAAACGCGUGACGCCGAAGUUUGGCGACUUUGAGAAAAUGUAAUUUGUAACUUUAACUUUAUACCGCUGUUAAUUCUCUCAAAGGAAAUGUCCUCUGUUCCUGCACGACCUCAGUGUGCUCGGUAGCUUACAGACUCAUCAUGGACUCACAGACUCAUUCGGGCACAGUGAAACCUGUCUCGGUUUGUGGCCAGACUCCUCGUGCGUGGAACAGUGCAAGAUGUCGGAGGAGGCGGGAGGAGGAGGCGGACUCUCGGGAGAAUCAUGACCGCAGAAAGUUGCACCUGCUCCGGCAGAGCAGCCGAGAAGCUCCCUGGAGAUCGAGGGAAGCGCCCAGACAGGCCUCACAUCUGGAAACCAAACCAGUGAUCCCGAACAUGGGACAACAACACGCGGGGAAGGUGACUGCAGAUGACCCAGCAAAGGCAGGCCACCAGUCCAUUUACAGCAAUCUUCCAGAUUCCACAGGAGGAAGCAAGAGUUUGCCAGUUUGUCAUAUUCAGGCUGGAAAAAGAGAAGAUAUUGUUUCCUUGAGGAAGCAUCUGGGCCACGCCAGGCGUUUGGCAUCAGCAAUUAAGCGGGGCCAGAGCUACUUCCACCUCCUGCAGAAAGAGGAACAGGAGGAGCAGGAAGAGGAGGCGAGGCGGCAGAUGAGGAGGGAGGAGCAGCUAAGAACAGAGCCACGACCUCCUAGUUUCUCCUCUGACUCAGACAGUGAUGCAGAAGGGUGGCCUCUGCCAGCAGGAACCAGCUGGUCAGGUGGGAUUGAAGCAAGACCACGCAGGAGGAAGAGCCAGUCAGCACGACCUUUCACCCCUAUCCAUCACUCUCUGACCUCUUCUCUGCUGAAUGAAGCACCGAGGGAGGUCAUCUACCGCCAGCUCUGCUGUCUGAAUUGGCUGCUGGAGGCCUUGACCCUGGAUUGCUCUGGCAGAGUCGGGCCCCUCACUGCUUGCUGGGACCCCAAAGACCCUGGCCGAGGCAGGACCGCAAUAAAGACGCUGAAAAAAGAGAGAGCCAUUGAGAACAAAUGGGAGCAGUUUGUUUCCGCCAAGCCUCGUCGAACUCAUCCAAGACGCCCUCGCAGCUCUUCUGCUCGGCUCCACGUCCGUAGGAAGUCUUCUGUCAUGACUGUGGCCUCCCUUUCUGCCCUCACCUUCACCACUGUGGGCAGCAGUCUGUCCUCUCUGGUCCCAGGCCCUGAGGAGGACACAGAGUACCCAGGAGCAGCAGAGGAGACAGACCGGCCUCCCUCAGAAUGUCUUCGAACACUGCCACACGUUCACCAGAGAUUCAAGAAAGAGUGCCAAAGUCCCCAGAGCUGCAGUGUGGCAGGCAGCUGUCCUGCGAAGCCCCCAUCAACCAUCAGCCAUCUAAUCAACACUAAGGCCUCCAUGCUGCAGGAGCUGAGAGUUGCCUUCGAUGAGAGGGCUGAGGACAUGGCUCAGAGCUACAUUGAUGUCCUGGAGCAAAAAGCCAGGGAGAGGUUAAACAGCGGUCUCCAGAGGUAUCGCACUCUGUGUCACAUGACCAAAUCCCACCACCCUCCUCAUCAUGUGACCUACAAGUCCCAAGAGACAGAGGCUCCAUACAGCAACAAUAAGUGGCUGUCCACUCUGCUGAGCAGCCUGCCUGUGGAGGUGUGUAAGGAGCGAGCGGUGAGCCGGGUGCUGCAGAAACUGAGUGGUUUUGCAGAGCAGCAGACAAUCAGGGUUCGACCUCAGCUCUUCCUGAAGGUCCUGGGGGGUCUCGAGCCGUGGGAGCUCUGUCUGCCUGAGCUGUGUGUGGCCGUCCAGAUUGCCAUGGAGCAUGUGGUCCAGAUGCCCAGGGAGCAGUACAAUGUUUGGCUGUGUUCAAGGGUCACUCUGCCCCCACAGUACCACAGUACCACAGUACCAGGUGAAACACACUCAGAAAGUCCUGAAAGGAAGGCCACAGGCUGGGACAAAUAGAUAUACACACACACACACACACACACACACACCACACACACACACACAGACAUGCACAAAGGUUUUAAAUUAAUUUGAGCUUGAAAUAGCCUGUAAAGUAACUUGACAAAAAUGAUGGGUGUGGAAGAAAUUAUGGUUUUUAUUCCAAUUUCAAAGGUCCAAGACUUUUCAUCCUUAUAAUCACAUGGUUGACACACGUGUACAAGUAGGGACAAACACAGAGAUAGAGACAAAACAAUAAGCAGGAAAUAGGAAGUAAGACCAGUGCAUACCUUUCACUUCUUCCUUUUAUCAAGAGAACCUGCAAAGAGCUACCAAAUGCCUUCCUGGUUGCCAGCUUAUCUUUUUCUAGCACAUUUUCCUGUAAGUCUCCAGUGUUAACUCACAAUCUUACAUGUUAAAAUUUGAUAUUUCUGCUGUGCUAUUUGUUAUUAUUUUAUUAGUCUGGUCUGUUAUGGCAGCCUUUGCUAAUCUUUGUAUUCUAAAGGAAAAAAUCACAGUACAUGUUGCCAAAUGUGAGAGUUCACUGUAGGCUCACCCCUUCCUGUUUUCAAGGAAAGACCUACUUGACUCAGUGUUUAGACCAGCAAAUUCAAUGGAAAAGCUCUCCUUUUUUUUUUUUUUUUUUUUACAAAAGUACAGGCCUUGAUAAUGCACAGAGAUGAUAUAAACAGUGGGAUGAUGGAUAAACACUCAGGGACACGGACACUCAGUUGUGCCGUUGAACCCAGCUAAACACUCACAGUGACCUUUAACCCCGCUCCGCCUUCUGAUGGGGUUGUGAAUAAAAGCGGCUUACCCAUGAUUCCCUGCCUGCCAGAUAAGAAUAAUGAACUCCAGUUCACUAUUUAUUGCCUCCGUCAGCAUUUCAGAGGAACUGAAAGUGAAUGUGUCUAAAAUCACAUCUUGUGACUGCAAAUGUAUGAGACGAAAUGCUUGAUAUAGUAAAACAGUAAAGGAGUUUGUCAAAUAUAAUACACAACAUUCCUAACUAAAAGAAAUGCACCUUUUGUUGUUUUAACUCCUGUUUUUGAAAAAUACUUCGAGACCUACUUAUCCAUUCAUGAUAAGAUAUACUUUACUUUUACUUUACUUUUUUUUCCAUGCGAGACAGGGCAGGGCAAAUCUGCUUUAGCCUGUGUGUGAGCUUGUGUGUGCAGUGGUGGUGGGGUGGGACUGAGGGGGUGGGGGGCAGAGAGCUAGCACACAUUUCAGGAAUGCCACACAGUCUGGGAGCUGAGCUCAACCCACCCACACACCCCUCUUCACUUUAGCCCUGGGCAGGGGGAUGGUGGGGUGCAGGGCGGCAGAGGCAAACAUGAGGGGGGGACAAGCAUUCUUUCAUUUGAACUUCUCACUCAGGUUUUAAAGCUCAUGCCUCAGGGCACAAAGUCUAGACCAAAUAAAGCAUAAGAUAACAAAUACAAGUGCUAAUAAUGAAUAUAGCUGCAAGUCAGUGGAUUUAAACUGUGUGAUUAUGCACAUAAGUAAAAUAUAAAAUAGGAUUUGAGGCUGGAAAAGAGUCUUAGUUGCAGUGAGCAUGAACAAGCUGCCUUAAGUAGAAACACAGACUAAAAUGAAAAUGUUUCUUUUCCAAAAGACAGAUGUUUAAUGAACGCAGCUGAUUCAUGUCUAAAUUACAAAGGAGUUGUAAUUACAAGUUACUGGCCAAAAAGUUAAGGUUGCAUAUUAUAGUCUCACAGUUUGACUAGCUGGGAUGUUUUUUGCCUCAAAAUAUAGAUUUAAAACUUAAUCUAAUACAGCUGAUUGCUUGAACAUUAAAGGAGCUCUCCUACCAAUUUUAGGUAGGAUAAUCAGGUCAUUCACAUGAUUGUUUAACCAGGCUUUAUACUCCAAUCAACAGUUGGAAAAACAGUGAAUGCCUAAUGAAAGAUACCAUAAAGUUUCAUUAUGGGAGAUACAGGACAUAACUCAUACUCACAACUUAAGUUUAAGAUAUACUGAAUUCUGCUGCUUUGAUUUUGACCACUCUUAUAUUGUUUAUUUGUUUCCCACAAGCCUCAAACUUUAUCUAAGUACAACAUUAAGUCACUAAAUGUUCCUUUUAAGUAAUAAAAAAUGAUUCCUCUGUUUCUGCAUGAGCGUCUUUGUCUUCAACAAUAUGCUGAUUUCAUGUGGUGAGGUCCAAACCGCUGUGACUGAUGAAAGAUGUAAGCAAUAACUGGGGAGACAC